AUGGCAGCUCCUGUUCCGGACAGUUCGAUCCAUGAGCGGGCCACACUGACGCCUAGCGGCUCUAUUGAAGAAAGGGGUGCUCGAUUGGCGAAGCCAAUAGCUGAGCGGGGGCUUGUUCUUGGUGAUUCGGACGGUUUGACAUCUGGAAACCCAAUUACAGAGCGGCCCUGGAGCGGGAGCGACUCAACAAUAAUCACUCGUCAGACAGUGGUUGUUCUCUACACCACUGGAGUCAUUGAGCUGGAUACUUGGUGCGCGGAUCAGCUGGGUCUGAUGUAG